UUGGGCCUGGAGCAAAGCUAAGGGUUAAAGCUGAAGGGAGAGAUAGGAGAAGAGGGCUGGCUAGGGAGGUUAGUUGCAACAAUGUUGCAUGCAAGGGAGGGGCCCACUACUCACCUUAAAAGUGGGGAUCAUCAGCUUCCUGGCCCUCUUCUUCCUGGAAUCCGGUGCAGACGAGUUCUUUCUGUUAUUGUUCAGGGUGAUUUUUAAUUUCUGUGAACAAUGCAGCGAUCCAGACGAUCAAAACUCCCUCCACAGCGCUUCCACGAGUUGGUGUUUGAGAAACCUGGAUCAGACAGACAGAAAAAACAGAUAAGUACACUAGAUAGUAUUGAAGAAUUUGAUGAUAUAAUACCACCUACACAGUACACUAAAAGGCUAGGCCUUGUGCUUAAAAAACACAGAUUAGUCACACAGUUAGUAGGUUGGAUAUUCAUGCAACUAGUGAUGGAGAUAAUUCAGCCUAUGUAUCAGCUGCAAUGGCUAGGCCUGAUGUGACAUCGGCCUGUCUCCAUACUCAGGAACAAUUGCCCUCACUGCAAAUAGAUGGCCAUGAGGGUGAUUUGGGGGUUGAAUUGCAUGGUUAUACUACUAGGCCUCAAGCCUUAGGUACUCCAUCGGGCAGGCCACAUGCACAGGCUGUGGCCUAUUUGGAGGGCAUGGCCUCCCCAACUUCCAGGCCUAUUUCUGAUAGCCCCCCAGCCAUAAGCAAUCAUGAUAUGGCGCCCUCAUACACGGCCCACGUGGCAACCCCAGGCCCUUCCACCUAUUCGGGCCCUCAAACAGUUUCUUCUCUGGCCCCUCUGGUAGGCCAUGACUUGCCCCCAGGCCCCGGUUUGGCUUUCGCUUCCCCCUCAGGCCGCAUGGCUCAAUUAGGCCGCAUGUCGGAAACCAGGGCCUGUUUUGGGCCUUCAGUCCGGCCUGGGCGACUUAACUGGUUCACAUAUCCCCGUUUUGGGGCCUUUAAUCCGGCCUGUGCCUGGGCGAUGUAGCGGUCUCAAAUGUUCCCCCAUCCGGCCCUUCUAUGCUGUCCUCCGCACACCAUCCGGUACAUUGUCUGCCCUUAUUUGCUGCCCCCAGCCAUCCGGUAAUCUUACCUGAAUCGGCGGUCUCAUCUCUCAUAUCCGCGAUCCCACCGUCGGUUGCGUCGGCUGUCUCCUCGAUCCUGGCUUCCAUCAUGGAGGCGAUGUCUCCGUCGGGUCCUCCAGCUCCUUUUCACGUGAUGCCGGUGUCGGGUCCUCCAAGCCAGGCCGCAGGUCCUCCAAGCCGGGUAGUAAGUGCGCAACCGGAAGUUCCGGUCACGCGCCCCUCCAUUUCCGGUUCCGGUUUCGUCGGCCACAGCAGCGUCGGGAGUCCAAGGGAGCGGCCGCAUCCUCAUCAGCUCCCGGAAGGUGAGCACCAGCAGAGGAUGUCGGUCGGGGGAGGGUUAAUAGGCCGCAAGGGAGUGCAAGUGCGGCGGCAGCGGACAUCUUCAUGGGUCAUUAGCAGGUUGGCGGCAGUAGGUAGAGGGCACCAUGAUGCCGGAAGAUGCCUUAUAAUUACCGCAGGGUUCACCAGAGGCUUUAACACAAGGAGAGGUGUUACCGCUAGGGGUAAUAGAUUAACUCAUUUGGGUAGAGGAAUUCUAUCAAGCGCUAACGCGCUAGGACAAGUGAUAGGCAGUCAGUUAGGUGGGCAAAUAAGUGCUAUGGAAUCACGCCAGAUGCACGCCCAGGCUCCAGGACAAUACAAUGUCGCGCUUGAACACGCCAAAGGGCAGAUGCACACAGAUAACAGGACAGCUCAUACUCAAUUUAGCGCAGCAUCACAUACAACCAGUAGCUGCACGAAUCCUCAAAGUAUGAAUGUACAAUCUGUGUCAAAUGCAGGUAUUGCAGGUAUGAAUGCGCAAUCUGUUUCACACACUAGGAUUUCAGGCAUGAAUGUGCAAUCUGUUUCUAAGGCAGGUAGGUCAGCUAUGAAUGUGCAAUCUGUUCCAAAUAGAGGUCUGUUGGCUAUGAAUGUGGCAACAUCCCAAUUGCAAGUUGGUGGUGUCAAUGCAGUGCAUGGAACAUUGGGUCAUGAUGCGGUUGGGAACCAUAACAUACAGAGUUCAGCUGGGGGAGGUGGUGUGUCAAGGAGGGUUUCUAGUGUUGCGAAUGCCAGCAUGAGUGACCAGAAUGCAUCAGGCUUGGGGUCUACUAACCCUCCCUUUACCGGUGUCCGUAGUGCUCGCGAUCUCUUCUCUUUGUUGCAGACCGCAGCGCAGAUGGAACCGCAACAGGUUGAUAUGCCUUCGGCUUCGUCUACUUCUACUUCAGCGAAUCCUCCUGAACAGGCGGGUUCAUCGUUACAGCGAGGAGCGUCUACCGACUCCAAUCAACGGGAAGAUGCUUCAAGGCCUGAUCCUUCUGCUUCAGGUCCGGAGUCUCAGGACAAUGCAGUUGCCGUCCCCGGACCUGUCAGCGGCGCCAAGAGGAUCUGGAUCGUGGGGCACUCCUAUGUGCAUUGGGCCUCCAUCCGUAGUUCCGCCCUUCCGGGGGGACAGAAUUUGGGCUUUCCUUUCACCCUAGAUUCAAUUAGAUGGUUAGGGGAGAGAGGGAUGUGUUGGCCCGCGCUUCCAUCGCGUAUUCCGGAGGCCCUAGUACGCUGGGGUAAACCUCAUGUUAUAAUUCUCCAUAUAGGGGGCAAUGAUUUGGGCGCCAUUCCGAUCUUGGAGCUAAUCAAGAUCAUGCAGGCGGAUAUCGCUUGGAUCAGGGCUCGGAUUCCGAAUGUGUUGGUCGGUUGGUCCAACAUAGUUCCCAGGCUGGAAUGGCAUCACAUGUCUAGCCACAGCGCUGCUUACUAGGUUAGGAAGAAGAUAAAUUCCUCAGUUGCUAAAACCGUCAUGGGUAAUGGGGGAUUCGUAGUUAAACACGAAUCCCUUACAGCCGACAAGGUCCAUUGUUAUAGAAUGGAUAGGGUUCAUUUAGAGACAGUUGCCCUAGAUAUUUUUAUAAAGGACAUUCGUAAGGCCAUAUUAACCCUCCUUUAAGUCCGGUUGGGUUGUGUUUGUCUUUUAUUGGUUGGCGGCACAGUUAUCAUCUCAAUGCUAUCUGGUGGCGGGAGGUAACGGCCCUGUUGCCUUGGAAAGGGUGAACGGGGGGAGUGAUGACCAGUCUAAAAGUGAGAGGGGUGGAUAGCCUCAAGUGCAUGUGAGGUGCCCCUCCUUCCCCUUGCGGGUGGGUCACGUGAUCUCAUUAACCCCUUAGUAGCAAUUUUACUAUGAGCAGAGGUCCCGCUCUGCUGCAGUUUCCGUUUGGGCCGUUUACCUUCUGCAGUGCUGGGUUGUCAUUAUAGCAUUCGUUCAGCCGCCAUCAUAACCUUGUUGGUUUCCAUGGUUACUUAUUUAAUUAAUAAAUGUUUAACCUGUGACGGUUAAAAAUUUUACCCACAAAAAGUUGUUGUGUUUUUAUUAUAGAGUUAAGUUGUUAUAUGUACCCUUCUACGGCUAGCGACCGAUAAGCAUUUAAUCCCUUAAGGCAGUGUAGGGCACAAUUGGGCCUGGAGCAAAGCUAAGGGUUAAAGCUGAAGGGAGAGAUAGGAGAAGAGGGCUGGCUAGGGAGGUUAGUUGCAACAAUGUUGCAUGCAAGGGAGGGGCCCACUACUCACCUUAAAAGUGGGGAUCAUCAGCUUCCUGGCCCUCUUCUUCCUGGAAUCCGGUGCAGACGAGUUCUUUUCCCCUCCCUCCCUUCCCUAUUACAAGAUGGCUUCCAAAUUUAUUUUAUUGUGCUAGGCGCUAAGAAUGCCUUCUCAGGCUAACUUAGUAGCCACAUAGUCAAUUGAGCAUUUCCAAAUUUAAAUUUUUCCCCUAGUUGGCGACGGGUAUGCCUAUUCAGGCUAACUUUGUCAGCCUCUUUAGUUAUUGGGCGUCUACCAUAUCCAGUCUACCUGGCUUUUGGCGGCUGAGUAGCGGAUCCCCUUUUCUAGGGGGUAGUCCCUAUUUUAUACCCUCUCGGCGGGAGGUAACGGCCCUGUUGCCUUGGAAAGGGUGAACGGGGGGAGUGAUGACCAGUCUAAAAGUGAGAGGGGUGGAUAGCCUCAAGUGCAUGUGAGGUGCCCCUCCUUCCCCUUGCGGGUGGGUCACGUGAUCUCAUUAACCCCUUAGUAGCAAUUUUACUAUGAGCAGAGGUCCCGCUCUGCUGCAGUUUCCGUUUGGGCCGUUUACCUUCUGCAGUGCUGGGUUGUCAUUAUAGCAUUCGUUCAGCCGCCAUCAUAACCUUGUUGGUUUCCAUGGUUACUUAUUUAAUUAAUAAAUGUUUAACCUGUGACGGUUAAAAAUUUUACCCACAAAAA